UAAACAAAUUUCACAAAAUUUCCUUAAACAAAGUAUCUCUGUGUGAACGUGAAAAGCGACACAAAAAAGAAAAUUACGUUAAUAAGCGACAAAAGUGUCCUCAUCCAAACUCUGGCUAAGAGUAUGUUAGGCAGUGAUUUUCGGAUUCUAUUUUCCACCAAAUUGUGGUAUGAGAGAAAAAGAGCGCAUAUCGAUACAAGGUUUUCCGAUAUAUGCACAUCAAAGCCAGUCGAUGCAGUCAAUUAACUAAGGUCGGGUAUGCUCCUGUUCUCCAAUAAAAGGAGAGAAACACAUCUCUUUUUCUCUGCAAAUAUGUCUCAGUUAAGGAUCACUUACAUACACUUUUCGUUAUGAUUAUUCUCUCAGGAAUUACCUGUUUAUUGACAUCAUCACUCUUUGUUUCUUUGGCAUUAUGUUGGCCUCUCUACCAUGGUUGGUUGGGUGCAGGUGAGUGAGAGUAAUGUGAAGAAAUUAUUAGAGAAAAUUCCUUUACCACUACUUCAGCAGUACGACGUGUGAGAGCACGAACUAAAUUAUUCCAUUCUUGGCAGUGCAACGAACAACAUGGUUACUAUUAUGGAGGUCACUUUUUCACAUCGCGCUUACAACAACAACAACCCCACUAGUUUACAAUGUGAGCAAAUACCUUACCAUCGACUUCAAGAUAAAAAAAUGUUGCAAACAGAAGAUGGAAUACCAAUUUUCAAUCUUCGCCUGCACAAUUUACCAAAUGAGUUGACGAAGGAAGAAUUAUACAAUUACUUGGCGAAAUUUGGUGAUAUAUUAGAUUUAGUUGUUAUGCCUGCCAAAAAGCCGAACAGCCGUUGGGGUCCCAAUGUGGCAUUUGUUAAAUUUGCCACAGCGGAAAGUGCCUUCGAUUGUGUUAAUACGAAAGAAUAUCGUUUAAAAGAUUUCAGCUUCGAAAUUCAUCCAGACUUUAGCUGGAAUCAACCACAGCUCAAGCAAAAAACAUCCAAAGACAACUCAAAUAAUAGUAUAAAUUUAAUGGCACUGAACGACGACUGCCUAUUACAUAUUUUCAGCUUCUUAAAACUACCUGAACAAAUUUUGUUGGCGCGUACACAUGAGCGUUUUCGUGAUAUUUUCAAGUUUCACUCGGCGAAGAAAUUUCGAAGAUGCAAUUUGAAGAUCCUAUCGAAAAUGACAUUUUGGUCAGUACGUUGUUUUUUCGAGAGCGUAGGCGAAAGUAUUGAGUACCUUGAAAAUCAAUUAAAUGGUCCCUACCGAAGACUUGCACUCGAAACGAUUGGAAAUUAUUGUAAAAAUGUUAGAGAAAUAGAUUUAACUGGAUGUUGCUUGAGUGAUGAGGACAUUGAGACGAUUCAGAGUUUGGAAAAACUGGAUAAACUCCAACUCAGUGAGAAUUACGAGUUAACAGGUAAACUAAUCGGCGAUUUUGCGCACCUAACGGAACUGAAACUGCGGAAUUGCAGUGGCAUUAAGUGGAAUUAUUUGGUUGACAUUUGUGGAAGAUGCGAAAAUCUAAAGCUACUUGACAUUAUCGGCUGUGGCGGUGUGACGCCGGAAGUUAUCGACUCUAUGAUAUCAUUUUGUUUAGAAUUAAGAACCUUAAAGAUGACAGUAACACCGUUCGAUUCUGCACGUGUAUUAUCAAUACUAAAUUUAGAAUAUCUAGUAUUGAUAGCAGCAGAGGAAACUAUUUCAAUACCUCGCGAUAUAUUUGUGCAAUUGCUCAAGCAAAAAGUUGAUAAAUAUCAAAUUUUAGAUAUUUUAGUGAAAACCGAAGAGGGCAGAAAUCAGGUACGUUUAGUUGCCUGCGGCGCGCCGCCGUUACCACUAAAUAAAAAACAAUCGGGAAAAAUAUUAAAAAUAUUUGGCGAAUUGAAACCACAACUGCAUAACUUUUGUGAUUUGACUUUAGUUCAAUCCGAUAUUUUCUAUUAUUUGCUUGCGCUUAAUUCAUUUUUGUUCGAUAACAUAUUGCCAUCGCGGGAUUUCGUUUUGCAACCCAGAGAAUAUAAUUAUUUUGUUCACGGAGAACGAUUUGUAUCGUAAGCUUUUGAAAAAAAAAAAACGAUUUAAAAACUAUUUUAACUCAAUAUGUACAUAUGUAUUUAUUUAAGGGCUUAAAGGAAUUAAAACGAAUAUACGUAACUGUUCACUUACU